UUUGUCUGGGAGGAGGGGAGGCAACCUGCACCCCCUUCCCCCGCACCGCUGUGUGGAGGUGUGCAAGCGCCCGGCCUCGCCCCGGCCCCCCACCACGGGCGAUGGUGCCGGUGUCCACACGGUGCUGUGGCAGCUCCCAGUGCCGUUAAACCCCGGGGCGCGGACUCCAUUUCCCGAGGAGCCGAGCGGCUGCCCCCAAGAUGGCGGCGGAGAGGCCGGAAGCGGGGCCGGGCCGAGCCGAGCCGAGCCGAGCCGGACCAGGCCGAAUCUAGCCGAAUCCAGCCGAGCCCUGCUGAGCCGAACCGAGCCGAUCGGAGCCGAAUCCAGCCGAGCCCCGCCGAGCCGAGCCGAGUCCAGCCGAGCCCAGCCGGGCCGAACCGAGCCGAUCGGAGCCGAGCCCAGCCGAGCCCUGACGAACGGAGCCGAUCGGAGCCGAGCCCAGCCGAGCCCUGACGAACGGAGCCGAUCGGAGCCGAGCCCAGCCGAGCCCCGUUGAGGGGGUUUUGGCCAUGACGGAGGCGACGGGGCCUGUGGCCAAGCGCAUCCUGGUGACGGGUGGCAGCGGCUUGGUGGGGAGAGCCAUCGAGAAGGUGGUGGCCGAUGGAGAGGGGCGGCCAGACGAGAAGUGGAUCUUCGUGUCCUCCAGAGACGCCAACUUGACGAAUGCCGCCGAGACCAAAGCCCUGUUCGAAGAGCACAAGCCCACCCAUGUCAUCCACCUGGCCGCCAUGGUCGGGGGCCUCUUCAAAAACAUCCGCUACAACCUGGAUUUUUGGAGGAGAAACGUUCAUAUCAACGACAAUGUCCUGCACACGGCCUACGAGACGGGGGUGCAGAAGGUGGUCUCCUGCCUCUCCACCUGCAUCUUCCCCGACAAGACGACGUACCCCAUCGAUGAGAGCAUGGGGCUACUUCGAGCAGCACGGCUGCCGCUUCACUGCCGUCAUCCCCACCAACGUCUUCGGGCCGCACGACAACUUCAACAUCGAGGAUGGCCACGUCCUGCCAGGGCUCAUCCACAAGGUCUACCUGGCCAAACAGACUGGCUCCGCUCUGACCGUCUGGGGCACGGGCAAGCCCAGGAGACAGUUCAUCUACUCCCUGCGUUGGCCAUCCUCAGGGUUGGGUUCCCUCUCACUGGGAGGGCUGGGGGACAGCAGCCACCCCCCAAGAGCCAUCUGCCCCUCCGCAGGACCUGGCCCGGCUCUUCCUUUGGGUCUUGCGGGAAUACGAUGAGGUGGAACCCAUCAUUUUGUCAGUGGGAGAAGAAGAUGAAGUCUCCAUCAGGGAGGCAGCAGAGGCGAUCGUGGAGGCCAUGGACUUCAGGGGAGAGCUUGUUUUUGACACCACCAAAGCGGACGGGCAGUUCAAGAAGACGGCCAGUAACGCCAAGCUACGGCGCUACCUGCCCAGCUUCCAGUUCACACCUUUCAAGCAAGCCGUGAAGGAGACCUGUGCCUGGUUCAGUGCCAACUACACCAACGCCAGGAAGUGACGGGACAACGCGGCAGCGGGACUGGCAUCAUCCUCUUCAUCUCAGGGUUGUCCUUUGCUGGGGCAGAGGACGGGGCUGGGGGAGUGACGGUGAGAUUUCCAAAGUAAAAGUGGGCCAGAGCCCAGUGAGCAGCCCCCACAUUCCUGCCUGUUGCUGGGAAUGGGCACGGGACGCCCAGGGCAGGGGGAAAGGAAGGUUGGGACACCCCAAAGGUGCUGGGACACCAGACCAGCUGGUAGCCACCAACUGGAGCCACCACCACCCCCUUGGCCAUGUGCGAAAAGCUGUAACGGGCUACACUGCUAAUUACCUGUAAUUAGGCUAUAAUAAAGGGAAGGUAAUCGGGGUUCCUCUGGCGCAGGAAUGGCAGCCGGGCAUUUGCUGCUGCUUUUGGCACAUUGGGAUGGUCCCGAAGACCCCAACAAAGUCCCAGCAUCAGGAUGGAGCAGGGU